AUGGAAAUUACUUGGAAGUCCAUUGUCAUAUUCAUCUUAGCCUUUUUAGGGGUGAUAGUCCUCGCGGCGCUGAUCACCCGAUGGCUCGAUCUUCAAGCGAAACUAGCUCGCCUAUUGACUAGGAAUAGAAGACAUUCGAAGCCUAACCUGCCAAGUUCGAUUCAACAGGCGCUGGCACAGCUAGAGGGCGGAACUGAGAAGAGGCAUGCUCGCAAUUCGCUGACAGAGUCGGAGGAUGCUGAAUGUCCAAUCUGCCUUUCGUACCUCUAUUCUAGCAACACUCGCCCAUCCACAUCAGCAGCCGGCCACGAUACGGAUCUAGAAGCCGGAGACGGCAUAUCGAGAUAUGCUACGAUAAUCACAGUGGCUUCGGACGCUGCUGCUGCAGAGAAGCGUCAGCCUACACAGCCCAUCGACGACGAAGUAUUGAAGAUGAAGAAGUGUAGACACGUAUUUCACGCCAAGUGUCUAGCUACAUGGUUUCUGCGGAAAGAGUAUAAGUGUCCAGUCUGCCGAGUUCCGUAUUACGAGGCGGAAGAGGAGAGGAGGGAAGAAGACUAUCGAAUGCAGGCUCUGCUUCCGGUCGCUGUAGUGUGGUAA